UAGGGAGAGUUUUAUUUAUUUAUUUUUAACCGCAUUAUACAACCUGUAAAUAAGCAAAAAAAGAAAAAUCCCCCUUUGUCUUUCUCUUCUCUCAUCACUGUCCGUUGGAUCCAGCCCGCAUUUAUAUAGGCAGAGCGUUUCCCCAUUUAUUUCUUCUUUUUUUUUUUUUUUGAUUCUUUUAUCUGGGGUUGUUCUGUUUAGACCGUCCCACUUCUACUUCACUCCGAUGCCCAUCUCAUCCUUAUGAUUUAGAUUUCUGUCUUAAUCUCAAUAUCAAUCCACUCUCAGCCUCUUCCUUCCAUUUCCAGGAUUUCUUUUUCUCCAGCUUCUUCACUUUACUCUCUUAGCUUCUUCUACAAGUACAAGGAAAAAGGGGAAAAAGGAAUCCAAAGUUAAGUUCGACUCUGAUUCUGCAACGGUUCAAACCCUUCUUUUCAAGUAUGGAUCUGCUUCUUUGACAGAAUUUAUUCUUGUUAAAGCAGGCUUUCCUCUCUUGUUUAUUUCUGCUACUAUUUUCGUUACAAACUCAAAAGAAUGCCAUUAAUUUGCUUGAAUGCAUUACUCAAUACUCUCAUUUACAACGCCAACUGAGUUGCAUUGUAAAUGAAUUUCAAGACUUCCAAGCAUCCAUGGUGCUUCUUCCAAGUCUCGCGCUGCUUGUUCCAUUGAUGUGCUUAUUCUGCUUCCCACCAACUCUCAUGGCUCAAUCUAUUAAUCCUAAUGCCUCUUCAAUAAGCGCCGCCAGAGCCCUUGAUGCUCUUCUCCAAGACUAUGCCUACAGGGCCUUUGUACGUCCUCGGACAGGAGUGCCCUACGAUGGGUUUGUUCCAUCUAAUUUGAGUGGGAUUAAGAUUGCAGCAAUGAGGCUGAGGAGUGGUAGCUUGAGGAGAAAAGGUGUGGAAAUGUACAAGGAGUUUGAGAUCCCCAUUGGAGUUAUAGAGCAGCCUUAUGUGGAAAGGCUUGUUUUGGUGUACCAAAACUUGGGCAAUUGGUCUGAGCUAUAUUAUUCGCUUCCCAACUACACUCUCCUGGCUCCUGUUCUGGGUCUUCUUGCUUAUGAUGCUUCUAACUUAUCAGCUACAAAUUUGCCAGAAUUGGAUUUUAGGGUAUUUGGGGAUCCUAUAAAAAUCAAGUUCUCAGAUGUGCAAUCCGCUCCAAAUGGGUCAGUUCUUAUGUGUGUUUGGUUUGAUUUACUUGGUAUGGUCAAACUCAGCAACUUGACAUCAGGCAAUGAAUGUUCUACCAUCCAGCAGGGGCAUUUUUCUAUAGUUACUGAGUCUUUUCCUCCACCAACGCCACCACCGCCACCGCCACCGCCAACGCCAACGCCACAGCCACCGCCACCGCCACCGUCAACUGAAGGUGAAGAAAAGAAGAGUAAUAAAAAAGUGUGGAUAAUUGUUGGUUCCGUUGUGGGUGGAUUGGCAUUGCUGGCAUUGUUGGCAUUCCUGGUACUGUGGGCACGCAAAUGCAAGCAGAGAAAGAAAAUGCAAGAGAUGGAGAAAGCUGCAGAAGUGGGAGAAGCCCUACAUAUGACCUCGGUUGGGGACACAAAAGCACCAUCGGCAACAGUUACUCGGACUCAACCAACUCUUGAGAACGAAUAUGUGCCUUAACUCCCUUCCCUCCGCGUUGUACAAGCAUUUUAUUAAUCAAAGUUCAAUUCAUGUAUUCAGAAAUUCUUCUUGUGCUCACAGCCUCACACCUAUUUUUCCUUCUGGUGGUUUGUUCUUGGUAGCCUCUUGGUUGUAGUGUGGGUAAUAUAAAGAUUUUUUGUCUAGGUCUGUUAUUAUUGCUCACAAAUAUUUUCACAGUUUUAUGAUUCAUUGUGGUGUGCAUGUAGCCAAAAGUGAUUCUAUUCUAUAUGUUAUGAAUUAUUUAGUUGUCUCAUUUGUGACGAAUAAAACCUCUUUUUCUUCUUGCAGUGCAUUGUUUUUUUGGAUUUACUUUUGUCUGUUCUAUGGAAUGUAGGAGGAAGAUUGCUUUGUAAUCAAAGCAAGCUGAUGUUAAAGCUUGGCUCCAACUGGCAUUGAUUUGAGGCAAAUGUUAGGCUUGGUCAUGUGUAGCUCGAGUUAAAUUUUUCUGUUAUCGGUAAUUCUCAUAUACUCUGGCUAUAUUUUUAGGUUAGCUGUGCUGCAGAGAACUUUAUUCCAAGUUCUUCCAUUUUAGACAAUCUCGGUAACCUUCUGCAUUCUGUGAACAUUCCUAAAAGAUGUUUUUUUCUUUCACAAGGUGGAUGAAAUAGAGACAAAUGUUUUUUCUUUCUUUCUAUGAAGGUAGGUCUGAUUCUGAAGAAGGUUAAUCAUUUCCAAGGGGAAUGAUUCUAGAAAAAAAGGAAAAUAAAAAACAGCGUUAUAUCAGUAAGAAAGUAAGGUAUAAGACGUGGAGGAGGUGGAGCAGACUCCAAGACUUUUCCCCUUAAUUGUAAUCAUGGCAAGGAUUAGGAACUUUUGGAACCCAUCUUCUUUGGUAGAUGCGAUUUGGUCAUUUAUAACAUCUUUAAUUACUUCU